GCCUUCGAGGCCCACAUGCCGGCAUACCUCAACUACUUCUUCCCUAUGGCUGGCCGCAUCGUGGUCGACCCCAGCUCUGGCAUCCCCGAGCUCCACUGCUACAAUCAAGGAGCGGAGCUCAUCGUGGCACAUGCCGGCGUGGAGCUGUCGGCCCUGGACUGGAGCCUAUCGGGGGAGUCCCUGAAGAGGAUCCACGUGCCGUACGCCCAGGACAUGGUCCUGUCGGUGCAGCUGCUGUCCUUCACCUGCGGCGGCUUCGCCGUGGUCUGGGCCGCCAAUAACCUGGUCGGCGACGGGAACGUCGGCGUCAUGCUCGUGAGGAUGUGGACCGAGCUGGUCCGGACCGGGACUAUCUCCGGCGGAGGCCCCAACCAUGACCGCUCGGUGCUCAGGCAGUUCAGCCGCCCCCGCGACCCGCCGACGUACGGCGCCUCGGUUGCAGCCAUGUACACGCGGUGGGAGCACGAGCAGGAGGUGAACGCGCUGACAGCCGAGGAGAGCUUCAUCGAGCGCCUCUACUACGUCGACGAGCGCGACAUCGCCCGGCUGCGUGGGGAGGCGAGCGCCGAGGGCCGCCAGCGUGCGACGCGCGUGCAGGCCGUGUCCGCGUACCUGUGGAAGGUCCUCGCGGGGAUCGUGGCCACGUCGAAGCUGCUGGGCGAGGACGAGAAGCGCUGCCGCCUGCUGUGGUGGGUGGACGGGCGGCGGCGGUUCUCGUCGCCCGAGCUCCGGUCCUCGCUGCGCAACUACGCCGGCAACGUCACGUCCUACGUGGUGGCGGCUGCGGCCGCGGCCACGGUGUUGAGCAAGCCUCUGGCGGGCGUGGCGGCCAUGGUGCGUGAGGCCGUCACGCUCACGCCGGCGGACUACGACGAGCUGUACCAGCAGAUGGUGGAUUGGAUGGAGGUGCACAAGCCCACGAACUUCGUCGAGACGCCCGCCAUCGGGCUCGGCAGCCCCACGCUGGCCCAGACCAUGUGGUCCUCCUUCCCGAACGACACUGACUUCGGUUUCGGCGAGGCCGCCUUGGCCAUGCCGGUGCACCAGAACCUCGGCAGGCUGUGCAUGGGCCUGAUCUGCAUCACCCCCAAGCCAGCAGAUCCCGGGACGUGGAUCGUCAGCGCCUUCAUAUGGCCGCGUCUCGCGGCGGUGCUCGAGUCAGACGAGCAGCGCAUCUUCAAGCCUCUCACAGCAGAGUUCCUUGGUCUCACCCGUGGACAUGGGCUCAGACCUCGUCUUUGAGUUCUCGUACUACCUACUUUCCAGCAUUACAAGACCCACACGCAUUUUGGAAUUAUUUUGACAUAUAAAUAGGAUUAAUAAUACCAUUUGUUUUUAUAACACGGUACAGAUGCAAGCGCUCAUAUAUACACGCAUACACUUAUCUCUAUAAACACACGCACACCCUACCUCUAUGAGCACAUUCGAGAGACUAAGCCGGCAAUGUCAUUUUGAGGUUGGCAAAGUCACCAAAUGUGCCUCGUAAUCAACGGGAACAUCUCUUUCCACUGAACGAGCACACAGAAAAUUCUAGAAUAAAUGCGAGCACCAGGACUUAAACCCGGAGGGCUGGGGAUACCACUUUCCUCCUAACCAUCCAACCACAAGUUGGUUCGCAAUAAAACCAUUUGUUGUUAUAAUUUCAUCGACGUAUCUUUUCUAUUUGGCUGCAUGAAAGGAGAAAUAUGUGAAUGUACAUUUUUUUUCCAACCAGGCACACCCCUCUUUCAUUAAUUGCCUAGGGAAAAUACACAAUAUUCAAUCAUUACAAGCCAGGGAAGGGAAAGAGAGACAAGUUGGGGCAUUAUCAGGAAAUCCGCCACAAGUGCUCGAUAUCGACACACCUUUUAUGUUACGGGACGAAAACCCGAUAACACCGGACAUGACCGUAACAAAUCCGACAACCAGAGUACAUAAAACCACACAA